AUGAUUUUGUGUGGCCGGCUUGAGCUAAUACCCCGCUCCUGGGAUCCAGCGCUGAAUACCCGCAUCAUGGAUUGUAUGUUAGGCCGUGGCCGACACACGCCCUGGGUGAGGCCUGAUUGUGCGGUAUAAAAGCUCCUCCUCCUUGCCAUUCAGCAAUUUGGUCCCUAUUUCCCUCCCCCUCAGAGGGUUUGGCGACUAGUCAUGCCGCUCACUCCCCAUCAUACCCAGCUUGCAAUUUCGAUGUCACUGCCAGAGGUGGCCCGGAAAUCUUUGCACAGCCUUGCCCUCGUGUCGCGCGCCACUGCUGUCACGACGCGUCGGGACCGUUUUCGUAUUCUCAAGACCCUCCGCACAAGCGAUCUCUUCAGAGAGGGCACUUUUGUGCGCUCGCUACUUGUGGCUGAGGAAGAAAGCUCUCUGCACCUCGCGCGUUUAGUGCGAUCGGCCACGAUAUUAAUUGAAAGUAUCCCUUUGACUCCAGAUCAGACCAAACUUUUGUCCAAAGUCAAUGGCUACCCUAGGGACCCCAUAGUACCAGCGCCUGCAUUCAUUGCAUCAAGCAUCAUAUCAUUGCUUCCACACCUUCAGCACGUGAAGCUAGCGUUGCGGGCUUCAGAUCCUGCCUUCGAUAUAUCCGCUGUCGCCCACGCACUUUCUCGACUGGAGCGUUUACAGUCGUUAGAUGUGACCGACUGUAACAGUAAUGUUAGCAGGUUAAGGUCUUUCGUUGGGCCACAUCUUAAUCCCGCACUAUUAUCCCUACGUAUUCCAACAUGGCUGGGCGACCAUUAUGGGACCGAAUCCCAUGAUGCUCGUACAAGUCUCAUCUCGAACUCACCGUGCCUUCGCGCCCUCGAUGUCCGUGGCCCCAUCACAGUUGGAACAUUGUCGAGGAUAGUCGCAUCGAUCCCACACCCCGAGCAGCUGCGCGAGCUUCGGAUCGCCAUAAAGUCAAAUGUCGAUCUAAGGGCCCUCACUGCCGUACUCUCCGUGUUGAGUGAUUUGGAGGUUCUGCGAGUGGAGAUCGUUGGAGGGAUGGAGAUGGGAUUCGGAAGGACAUACACCUACACCUAUAGUUUAGGAGAGUUGAAGGAAUUGAAGCAAUCAUGUCCCAGCUUACCCCCUCUCGGCUCACUGAUUGUCACAUCGACAUCUGACAAAGUAUUGACGUCAAUGGCCCUGCCCAUUCCAUCAAUCAGGACAGUGAAGCCUCUUUCUUCCCAUAGUUCGCACUUCCCUUGGUUUACUUCAUCCUCACCAACCUCCCCUCCUGUCUUCGAAUCCGCUUUAACCCCUUCACUCACUACAAAGCAGAGCAGGAUGAUCAGAUCGAUAAUGACUCCAAUGUUUAGCUAUCGUCCGUCACUCGUAUCGCCCACACCAUCUGUGCCAUCAUUCUGAAUUCGAUGCAACCCCGAUGGCACCUUUUGAUGUUGUUCGGUCACGCAUUAACGCACUCCCCUGCACCCCUCACAACCGUCUUGCCUGUUCGUUCUUCCAAAGUUCCAUAUGCUAGUUUCACUGGGCUUUUGAUUCUCCGGCUAUUCGUUA